GUAUUAAUAAAUUAAACUGUAAUUACUAGUAUUAGGUAAAACCAUCGCAAAAUAUCUUGAUCAAGGUUGUGCUCUGUCAUAAUUCUUCCUUUUAUUUAAUUUGACUUGAAUAAGAAGCAUGUUAAACAUGUUGCUGGUUCUUUAAACAAAAAAGUAUUGACGCAUUCGUUUAGAUACCCAGAUGCCCAGUGCGCAUCCAAAGGCUGUUGCGCACUGCUUAGUUGUUCUAUAUUUGGUGAAGGACGCACUAGACCAGAGUCCGCUCCCACCCUCCACAUAACAGCUGAUGUGGGACAAUGACAAUAUUGCUGGACUCACUCCAUUAAGUAUUUGUAAGUUUUACGCGAAGAUGGUGAGGACGCGGUACAGAGUUAAGUGCGUUCUGCGCAUUUUACGCAUUUCUUCUUUAUAUAUAUAUAUAACUGCUAAAACAAUUUAAGCUUUUAGUGCGUUAAAAUAUAUUCACUAUGUUAACUUGUUGAAUACCGAUUAGGAUUUUUAAAUACUUUUUUUUGAGAUACCAACUUGUUCCGACAUAAAGAAUUUGUUCAUCUCGAAAUGGACUCUUUUCACUGCUGAAGGGUUUUUGAAAUGGGGACAAUUGAUCCACUUGCAGUAAGACUGGAGAAUCAGGUGAAUAUAUCCGCCUUUGCCAACAUAUCAGCACCAACACCAGGACUUUCCGAUGCGCCCCUGUCCUCUUACGACACAUUAAUCACAUCCAUCCUCGGUACAGUUUUGACUGUCAUGUGUUUAAUCGGCGUUAUUGGAAACGUUUACACACUUGUCAUCAUGAACAUCUCAGUCCGGGUAACGGGAUCGAUGUACGUCUACAUUGUGAACUUGGCACUCGCGGAUCUCCUGUACCUCUCCACCAUACCUUUCGUGGUCUGCACGUAUUUUGUGAAGGACUGGUACUUCGGCAACAUCGGCUGUCGUGUUCUGUUCAGCCUGGAUUUCCUCACCAUGCACGCCAGCAUCUUCAUCCUGACCAUCAUGAGCACGGAGAGAUAUCUGGCUGUGGUGAAACCUCUGGACACUUUCGGUCGCUCCAGGCGCUACAGACGCGCGGUCACCUGUCUGGUGUGGCUCGUGUCUUUCAUAUUGGCUCUGCCGACCAUGAUCAUGAUCGACCUCAAGAGACACGUGCAUAACGGCGUGGAGAAACGCAUGUGCCACCCGACCUGGCAGAUCACGGCGUACAAGGUGUAUUUGACUGUCCUGUUCAACACCUGCAUCCUGGCACCUGGAUUCAUCAUCGGUUACCUCUAUCUGAAGUUAGCCAAAACCUAUUGGGUAUCACAAACGUCUGCAUUCUCAUCCAGGGAAAUGAAUAAAUGUCCCAAGCAAAAGGUGUUAUAUAUGAUACUUGGCAUAGUUCUUACCUAUUGGGCAUGCUUUUUACCCUUCUGGUUGUGGCAGUUACUCAGCAUUUAUUAUUUUAGGCUUGGUGGGCUGUCCAGCAGUACAGUGGUGUAUGUCAACUUUGUUGUGACUUGUUUGGCAUACAGUAACAGCUGUAUCAAUCCUUUCUUGUACACUUUGUUGACAAGGAAUUAUCAGGAAUAUGUGAAAGACAGGCAGAAGAGCAACAUGCCAUUUAAGAGAAGAUUCAGGGAGUCAUCUCAAAGGUCAGUGUCGUCUGGGAGUCAACAGUUGACUAAUACGCAGCACAAUGGCAAUUUUGAUUCGUAAAGCAACCUUUGACAUUUGUAUAAGUACAUGGCAAUCUCCUUUUUUCCAAUUGCGUAAUUUAUUAGACAGACAUAUAAUUAAAAGACCAUAUAUCUAUACAUAUAUCUUAACAAUCCAUAAUUACAGGCAUAAUAAUAAAUGUUAAUAUUUUGCACUAUUUGCUCUUUAUGUUUUGCUUCCAGUGGUAUGUUCUUUAGAUUUUUUAUUAUUAUGGCUUUGUAUAUUAGUAAAAAGUGUCUUGGUUCUUGAAAUUUCAAAAAUGUAUGUUCAAAAGGAACAUAAAAGUAUUAAGGGUCAUUUUAAAGCUCUGCUUUUUUGUAAAAUGUGUGCAGUAACAGAGAGCCUUGUAUUCCAUAUUUAUUAUGUUUAAUGUAAAGCUUGCAUUAAGUGUUAAAUAUCAUUACUGAAAACAUAUACUGUAUAUAAACUAGCUGUGCCGACCGACGUAUAUCAUGUGUUAAUAUAAAUAUACCAUGCAUAAUUUUAUAGCUACUUUUUCAUUUUCUUUUAAAGCAAUGAUACCUUGUAUAUUGGAUAUUUUGUACAUGUUUAUGCAUAUUUAUCUUGUUUUUGUACAUAAAAUAUACAGAAGCUUACUUUACUUUGAUUUUUAAAGUAUUUUCUAUGUUUUAUUUUUGUUAUCCAUCUCCUUGUUUACAAUGGGUAACAAAAAUCUCUAUAUAAACUUUCUCUGAAAAGUUUUAUUUUUUCCAGCAGAUUAUGCCAUUCACCCCAUCAUGGAAAUAAAAUAAAUGAUGCAUGGUUAAGAAUU